CUGCACCGAACGACAACUCUAUCGGAACCAGCACCCAAAGAGCAUCGCCGGUUAUCUACGUUACGCGUCGUGGAUAUCUAAGACACCGACCGCGCAGUCGUCACAAUGGACUUUAGCAAAGAGAAAGACAUGAGGCAGUCGGACUUGAUCAUCCCGUAUCAAGAGCCGGCCGCGAAAGGCGACAACCCCGAGUUCCAGUCGACCAUUGCCUCGACCCUGCCCAUGGCUGCCGUCUUCAUGCGGAAUAAAUAUAUCGGAUGGGCGGCAGUUCUCUUCAGCCUGCAGAGCUGGCUGGGCGAGAGCGAGGAGACGAGGAAGAGUAACGGCACACCUGGCUACUUCAAUGUCGGCAUGGCGCUGACGUCCCUGCUUGUUACGUACCUGCCCCUCUUUCUUCCACAGCCCGGCGCGAGAGUAGCGAGCCAAACAGGCGCCCCCGCCCCGGCCCCUGGCCCGGCAUAGUCGAUAACGGCGCAGCGCCGUCUAUGAGGAUGACUUGAAGAAGAGCUGGCAGUGAGGGGGAGCUAGCGCGGUUGAAAAUGGGCCAAUACCUAAGGAGGGACAGAUGAUCUGCAUAGAGGAGCGGAUUGCUGGUCGGUUGUAACUAUACCCAAUGUGUAAUGUGGAAGCUUUCGUCUCCUGCGCUUGAUUGCUGAGUCCCUUAGCAGG